CUGCGGGAACUGUGGCCGCGGAGCGUCUCCGGCACCCCGGCGGGCAGCUGAACCCCCCUGCCGGCGGAGCCCCCUCCGGCCGCGAGAGGCAGGUUCCAGCCGCAUCUUGCGCGCUGGCUCUGAGCACCCGCGCCCAGGUAGGAUGGAAGAAACCUAUCAGGUGCAGACAACUAAGCGAGGUGAUCCUCAUGAGUUAAGAAACAUAUUCCUACAGUAUGCCAGUACUGAGGUCGAUGGAGAACAUUACAUGACCCCAGAAGAUUUUGUCCAGCGCUAUCUUGGACUGUAUAAUGAUCCAAAUAGCAACCCAAAGAUUGUGCAGCUCUUGGCAGGAGUAGCCGAUCAAACCAAGGAUGGGUUGAUCUCCUAUCAAGAGUUUUUGGCAUUUGAAUCUGUUUUAUGUGCUCCAGAUUCCAUGUUCAUAGUGGCUUUCCAAUUAUUUGACAAGAGUGGAAAUGGAGAGGUGACAUUUGAAAAUGUCAAGGAAAUUUUUGGACAGACUAUUAUUCAUCAUCAUAUCCCUUUUAACUGGGACUGUGAGUUUAUCCGACUGCAUUUUGGGCAUAAUCGGAAGAAGCAUCUUAACUACACAGAGUUCACACAGUUUCUGCAGGAGCUGCAGCUGGAACAUGCAAGACAAGCCUUUGCACUGAAAGACAAAAGCAAAAGUGGCAUGAUUUCUGGUCUGGAUUUUAGUGAUAUCAUGGUUACCAUUCGGUCUCACAUGCUUACUCCUUUUGUGGAGGAAAACUUAGUUUCAGCUGCUGGAGGAAGUAUCUCACAUCAAGUUAGCUUCUCCUACUUCAAUGCAUUUAACUCCUUACUGAAUAACAUGGAGCUUGUUCGUAAGAUAUAUAGCACUUUAGCUGGCACAAGGAAAGAUAUUGAGGUCACAAAGGAGGAAUUUGCCCAGAAUGCCAUACGCUAUGGACAAGUCACUCCACUAGAAAUUGAUAUUCUAUACCAGCUUGCAGAUUUAUAUAAUGCUUCAGGGCGCUUGACCUUAGCAGAUAUUGAGAGAAUAGCCCCAUUGGCUGAGGGGGCCUUGCCUUACAACCUGGCAGAACUUCAGAGACAGCAAUCUCCUGGGUUAGGCAGGCCUGUCUGGCUCCAGAUUGCCGAGUCCGCUUACAGAUUUACUCUGGGCUCAGUUGCUGGAGCUGUGGGAGCCACCGCAGUGUAUCCUAUAGAUCUGGUGAAGACCCGGAUGCAAAACCAGCGUGGCACUGGCUCUGUUGUUGGGGAGCUGAUGUAUAAAAACAGCUUUGACUGUUUUAAGAAAGUCUUGCGUUAUGAGGGCUUCUUUGGACUCUACCGGGGUCUGAUACCACAACUAAUAGGAGUUGCUCCAGAAAAGGCCAUUAAAUUAACUGUUAAUGAUUUUGUCCGGGACAAAUUUACCAGAAGAGAUGGCUCUAUUCCACUUCCAGCGGAAGUCCUGGCUGGAGGUUGUGCUGGGGGUUCUCAGGUCAUCUUUACAAACCCACUGGAGAUAGUGAAGAUUCGCCUGCAGGUGGCCGGAGAGAUCACCACAGGACCCAGAGUCAGUGCCCUGAAUGUGCUACGGGACUUGGGACUUUUUGGUCUGUAUAAGGGUGCCAAAGCGUGUUUCCUCCGAGACAUUCCCUUCUCUGCAAUCUAUUUUCCUGUUUAUGCUCAUUGCAAACUACUUCUGGCUGAUGAAAAUGGACACGUGAAAGGUUUAAAUCUCCUUGCAGCUGGAGCCAUGGCAGGUGUGCCUGCUGCUUCUCUGGUGACCCCUGCUGAUGUCAUCAAGACAAGACUGCAAGUGGCUGCCCGUGCUGGCCAGACGACAUACAGUGGUGUCAUUGACUGUUUCAGAAAGAUACUUCGGGAAGAAGGGCCCUCAGCGUUUUGGAAAGGGACUGCAGCUCGAGUGUUUCGAUCGUCUCCCCAGUUUGGGGUUACUUUGGUCACCUACGAACUUCUUCAGCGGUGGUUUUACAUUGAUUUUGGAGGCCUCAAACCUUCUGGCUCAGAACCAACACCUAAGUCCCGCAUCGCAGACCUUCCUCCUGCCAAUCCUGAUCACAUUGGUGGAUACAGACUUGCCACAGCCACUUUUGCUGGAAUUGAAAACAAGUUUGGCCUUUAUCUCCCCAAAUUUAAGUCUCCUACUGUUGCAGUGGUUCAGCCAAAGGCAGCAGUGGUAACAGCUCAGUGAUGAGACACUGUCAAGAAUGGCAAAAUGGCACCCGAAAAAAGAGGCCUAGGAGAGCAGCCCUGUAGUGUAUCCAGUCAGCUGCAUGGUGCUGACUGAGCUGGGAAGUCAAACUAUUCUUUCUAUAUGAUAUAUAUAUACAUAUAUUUGUUUAUAAAGUAAUCAUCUGCCCAGGGAAAAAACCACAAUGCAGUUAUAAGCGUUAGUCUUAUGUGUUGACAUGUUUUCUAAGCCUUGGCAUGAAUUAGUGUUUUAGACUCUGCUUUGCACAGCUUGUACUUACAGUGACUGUACAUAUUGUACAUCUUUGUACAGAGACAUCUUGGCACCUCAUCCGAACAAAUCACAUUUAUAGAAAUGUAAUGCAGUUCUGAGUGGCUUGAAAUGUACAGAAUGUUUUGAAAGUGUUUUAUUAAGAAUCACAUAAGAAUCAAUGUAUUAAAAUUAAAUUCAUUCUCUUAUUGGUGACUUAUGGAAAUAAAGCAUCAAUAUUGGAUGUAUUUAAUUCCUAGUUUGUUUUCCGUUCUGGAAUAAGAAGGUAUUUGCUGAUAAAAGGCAUAAUGAGACCCAUCACCAAAUAAGUAAUACUUUGGAAAGGCGCAUGCUAGUGGAUGCCAGAGGAUCAAGCUAAUGACUUGGUGUGCUCAUGUGUUUCCAUUUAUAUUUAAUGUGUGUGUGAUCUUCCUCUGUUAAUCAACAAGCAUUUCUGGGACAGCUCUUCUCCUGUCGGUGUGCAUAUGGAAACAGGGUGGUUUCCAGCAUUACUUGUUUAGGUUUGCUUUCCUCUGACACAGCAGAGCAAAGGUCAAGCUUUUGAAAGAGUAAAGGACACUUUGACAAUUUCCCUUCAUAUGGUAUGAUUCCAAUAAAAAAUAAAAGCACACCAAAAUGUA